GCAGCCUGCCCAUCUAGAAGGACUAAAAGGUGAACACUAGCCUCCUUUGUAACGUUUGGAUUAAUUUACUCCCCUAAACGAUGCACGGCCGAGUAAAGGUGAAGUCUACAGCCCAGCAGGAGGAGGAGAAAAGGAAAGAAAGAGAGAAGAAGCUGAAAGUAUACAUUAGUCUCCGAGACGCCUGCUUCAAUAAGAGAAAGGACGGUGUUUUUGAUGAAGAGGCUCUGCAGUUGACACAGCAGCUUCUCUCCUCUAACCCAGACUUUGCCACCCUGUGGAACUACAGACGUGAGAUCCUCUUACACCUGGAGAAAGAACGAGAGAAGGAGGAGGUCCAGAAGGUGUAUGAGGCUGAGCUGGCCUUCCUGGAGUCAUGUCUGAAAGUCAACCCUAAGUCUUAUGGGAGCUGGCACCACCGUGGCUGGGUGUCCAGUCGCCUGCCCCAGCCGGACUGGAACAGAGAGCUGGGCCUGUGUGACCGCUGCCUCAGUCUGGAUGACCGUAACUUCCACUGCUGGGAUUAUCGCCGGAUGGUUGUCAAGGCGUCAGGUGUCUCGGUCGAUCAGGAGCUGCAGUUCACGGAUCGAUUGAUCGGGUCUAACUUCUCCAACUACUCCAGCUGGCAUUACCGUAGCACCCUGCUCCCCCUGCUUCACCCCUCCCAGCCCCCCUCCCCCUGCCACCAGCCGCCCGUCGCCUCCCCCACCAACUCGCCUCAGACGCACUCCCACCGUGUGUGUGAGGAGCAGCUGUUGAAAGAGUAUGAGCUCGUGCAAAACGCUUUUUUCACCGACCCUAAUGACCAGAGCGCCUGGUUUUACUAUCGUUGGCUUCUGGGCAGAGCGGAGCGUGAGGAGAUGAUUAGCUGUGUGUACGUGAGCCGUGAGGGAGAGCGAGUGGCGGUGGCUUUCUCCAGACCGGUUCAUGCUCCAUCAGUGGGGUUGAUUUUGGUGUUGGAUGGUCAGCCACAGCAGGUAGAGUGGAAGAGUUCACACCCUCGUCUCCGUCACAGUCCUGUGUGGAUCUGUGAGCUCCCUCCAGGUUCUGUGAGUGACAUAAAUAACGAACACAACCUGACGGUCCACUGGAGUGAGAAGCAUACACACAGAGACUGUGCUCUCUACACUGGUCGAACCGAAAGCUGGUGUAGGGACUCCGCCACAGAUCAGGAGUUAUUCAGGAGUGAGCUGUCUGUAGAGAAGACCUCAGUACUUCAGUCUGAGCUCCAAUCCUGCACUCAGCUACUGGAACUGGAACCUCAGAACAAAUGGUGCUUGCUGACCAUCAUUCUGCUGAUGAGAGCCUUAGAUCCUCUGGGUUAUGAGAGAGAGACGCUCGCUCACUUUAACACCCUAAAGGAGGUGGAUUCCAUGCGUAGCUCCUACUACAAUGAUCUGUGCAGUAAAUUUAUGAUAGAGAACACAAUACUGAAAAUGGAGUAUGCGGAGGUUCGGGUCUUCAGCUUGUCUGACAAGAAUUUGACCUCACUCUGUCACCUGGAUCAACUGCUAUUGGUCACUCACAUCAACCUCUCCUCCAAUCGGCUCCUCAGGCUGCCUCCACAGUUUGCUAUGUUGCAGUGUGUAGAGGUGUUAGAAGCGGAGGAUAACACUAUCGAGAGUUUGGAGGGGCUGUAUCAUUUGCCUAGUCUACAAGAAGUGUCUCUUAGAAAUAACCAAAUCACUAAGCUUGCUGACCUUGAACCAUUGGCCUCCUGUCCCAAACUGACCCGAUUGGAUCUCCGUGGCAACCCCAUCACCGAGACUGAAAAUGUGGAGGCGGAGAUAGUUAAGCUGUUACCGUCGGUCACCGAUUUGCUGCUCUGAUUACGCCACAUGUGACCAGAACCAUUACCUUGUGCUUCUGAGUGCAUGACUGAGAGAACUAUAGAAAAGAAAGAGAGAUGUUCAUUGUGUGUGCUUAUUUAUUCUUCCUAGGGAGUUAAGGUGGUCAACACCACUGUACUGAUUUCAAUGCACUGGGCCAAGGAGAUGUUAAAACCCUUUCACUAACACGUG